AGUGGCAACACACUUAUAUUUCUUCUUAAACCCAUUACAUUCAUUGUCUGCGACCCUUUUGCAUUGAUGAAUCAUAUCAUCGUGUCAUUUGAAAUCUACUUCUAAUAUCUCAAUGAAUAAUAACACCACUUUGAUGGAAAUAUAAUUGAAAAUAUGCCAAUCGCUUCUACGUUGUUGCCAUCGGGAGUUCAUCGAGAUUGCACCAUCCGUCCAUUCAUGUAUUGUAAAAGAUGGUGAAAUAAUACACAGUCCAAAACCCCUAUAAAAGAAAGAGAAGAAGUAGAAGAAGAAGGAGGAAGGAAGAAGUAAGACGUAUCGACUUUCGUGUGUUUUUCAAGUGACAGUCAUUCAAGACGGAGGAUCUCUGAUUACAGUAACACCGAAGAGGAAGGCCUAUAUUUGACACAGUAUUUUAAUCUGGAUGUACCAUAAACAGCAAAAAUGGAAGAUUAUACAAGCACUUUCUUAUCCUUGAAUUCCCUCUGGAAAGAUGGGAAUAAAUCAGAAUUUUCAAGACUUAUGCAAGAUAGUCUCAGUGUGGCUGCUGACCCUUACAAAAUGGUAUCCGUUUGCAUUAAGUUAUGCCCAGACUUGUUUAAAAAUCGAUCAAGUGGAAUGCCAGCAAACAUCAUUGUGGAGUUCAUGUCAUUUUUAGGGAAAGGAAACUACCCGAAGUAUGAGCAUUGCUUGAAUGAGGCAUUGCAAGUUGACAUGUUCCAAGUAGCUGUGAGGCAGAAGAAUGUUGGUCUGAUGAGGCUCUUCGUCAAGGCCUUUCAGUUAGAAAGGAUCAAGAUGUUGCUCCUGCCUCAUAUCAAGGACAUGGGAUUGCAGGGACAGCUAAAGGAAGUAGCUACCCUGGCAACCCUUCUGAACCUGCAGGAUGAGUUUUCCACUGAAGACCUGAUUGUUCCACUUUUUCUACAAGAUCGUCUCUCUUUGGCAGAUGAGUUUCUUCUCACCAGUCCCAGACACCAGAAGGAAAUUUUGUCCUUCAUAGACAGUAUUAUUGGAAAACAAGUAAACAUAAAUGAUCUUCACAAAACUUACAAAAUCAAGGAUCCAAAGAAAGUCAAAUCUAGCAAAAUGCUUUGUAACACAGUGGCCAAGCUUCUGAAAAAAUUUGAUUUGGAUGCAUCCAUCUGUCCACACAUGCAGAAGCACAGAGCCAGAGGAGCUUUGCGAUACAUUUUUUACAAAUACUACAUUGAGAAAGGCAUUCAGGUUCAAGCAUUUCAGAGUCUAAUAGAUGAUGCUCUGAAGGAGAGCCCACACCUUGGGCCAGACCUGAUGCACCUCUUUGACGAGUACCAUGAUCUAGAAGCUGCUGCUCCUUAUGUCAGAAAGCUUCAGCUUCAUCCUGAUGAUAUUCCAGUAAGAAUAAAGGAAGUAAUUAGUGCAAAGCCUCAUCUCACUGAUGGAAACAUGGAUGUUGCCGCAGAAAAACAGUUGGAAGAGGAGUGUUGGGAUGAUGGUAGAUUAGACUUUUAUUCACUUAAUGUACCUUUAGAAGAAGUGGUGAUAGUUACCUCAGUUGAGGAGUUCACAAAAUGUAUGUCAGAUUUAACAGAGAGUCCUGUAAUAGCAAUGGAUAGUGAAUGGAAGCCAACUUUUGGCAUUGGAUCUGCAGAACAAGCAUCACUCCUUCAAAUGGCUUCACAGUCCAGGGUUUUCCUUUUGGAUCUAGUGGCCCUCCAACCCUUGCUAGAAGACUCACAUUGGUCCUGCAUUGGCCAGCUCUUUUCUAAUCCAAAAAUCACUAAGAUAGGGUAUGGCAUUAGAGGAGAUUUUAAGAUCCUUGCCAAACUACAUAGUGAAGUACAAAAAGGAUUUGCAAAUGCCAAAAAUGUAGUUGAUCUUGACCAAAUAAAAGGGAUUUUGGUGGAGGAUUACCCUGACAUCUUUCCUCACAGUUCUUCAAACUACAAAGGUUUAACAGACCUUGUGUAUCGCUGCUUUGGCUUGCCGCUGGAUAAAACUGAUCAGUUCUCCAACUGGGCAGCCAGGCCUCUUACGAAGUCACAGAUCAGAUAUGCCACUAUGGAUGUUGUGUCUCUCAUAGACAUUUACACCUUCUUGGAUAAAAAGGCACAAGAACUGAAUAUUGAAGACUGGCAAAAUAUCAGACCCAAGAAGGGAAAAGAAAAAGUUAAGAAGGAUCGUCCAGUCAGAAAGCAGAUUCCAAACACUUAUGAGGAUAUGCAGAUGAAGGUGAUGAAUAAGGAGCCCAUCCUGGCUGCUGAUUUUCACGUGAUUUGUGACACAAUGGUUCAGGGUUUAGCCAAGAAGCUCAGAUGUUUUGGAAUAGAUGCAGAAGCACUGGAGACAGGAGAGAGCUGUGAUAAAUGCAUAGAAUAUUACGAAAAAGAGAAGAGGGUUGUGAUGACCAAAGGAAGUGCAUAUGAGAGGUUGGCUAAAUUCAUCCCAUCAAGCUUCAUAUACAAGGUUCAGAAAGAAUCUGCAAAUCAACAGGUUGAGGAGAUAAUUAAUGUCUUUAAUGUAAAAGUAACUACCAAAGACAUAUUUGCAAGAUGCCCUAAGUGUAACUCUGCCUCAUACCUGUUUGUACCCUCGUCGAUCAUCCGGGCUCUGAAGGACAUCGAUGUUAACAUGACAGAGGGUGUCCCUGACAAAUGGGUUCAGUGUGAAGGGGGAGAGGUGAACUUAUCAACAGGAAACACAAGGCAGGGUGUUCCUGUUUUAGUUGCCCGUAUUGCAGACGGUAUCAUCUCCAGGACAAAAACAUUCUAUGUAUGCGCCCAGUGUGGCAGGUGCUACUGGGAUGGCUCCCACUAUGAGAAGAUCAUCAAUGGCAGGCUUAGUGAUGUUGUGCAGGAAGGUGGCAUUGAGUGUGAAGAACUAAGUGAAGGUUAAGGAGUCAAGAACCUUGCAAGAGAAGAAGUUUGGCAUGUUCUUUAGAGAAAGAUACUUCCACUUGUUAUAUUUAGAAAGUUGGGUGUAUACACUGGAAGAACUUGAUUUGUGACAGAGGAUUAGAUGGGUUAAUAUCUCUUGCUUGGAAAAAGGGGGAUGUUUGUUCAUGAAAUGAGCUGUAAUUCACUCCCAGAAAAAAACUGAGAGAAGCUUUGAUUACACCAUAGCAGGUGAUUGACUGAAUCUGAUGUUAUGCAGACACAGAAUCCGCAGAUAUGUCAUCAGACUUUCUUGAUUUUUUAAAAAUAAAUUUGCUUAUGAAAGAUGACAGAUAUAGUGGAACAAAUGAAGCAUAUGAUUUGUACCUGACAGACAGAAAGAGGGAAAGUAAAAAAGGGAAAAAUAAAAGAAUGAAAGAAAAAAAGAUAUGGAGAAAGAGAGAGAGAAUAAGUGAAUUAGAGGAAGAGAUUAAAAAAAAAAAAAAAGGGAAGAAGAAAGAGUGAAUGAAUUAAAGUGCGAGAUUGACUGAAUGAAUGAAUACAAGAGACAAAAGGAAAUACAUAAAGAAAGUAUGGAAGAAUGAGUGGGAGGGAAAAACAUAAAAGAGAAUAUAAUUGAUUAGCUAUUGAAAGAGAUUGAUUGAAAAGAAGGGAGGAAGAUGGAAAAAAAAACGAGAAAGAGAGAGUGAAUUGAAAGUGAAAGAAUGUUGAGGAAGGUUACUUAAAAGAGGAACUGUGGACAGAUCUAGGGAGAUGGA